AUGACGAAGCUGAAUGCACCAGACUACUCGCUCUACCUCGUCACCUCCCGCCAGCUGCUGCCUCCUGGUGUUGACUUUUACGACUCACUUCGCGCAUCACUCAAAGGCGGAGUGACUCUGGUACAGAUCCGAGAGAAGCAUGCGGAUAACGGCGAGUUGUUGGAGAUUGCCCAAAAGAGUUUGAAGAUAUGUGACGAGGUAUGUAGCGGCAAUUUUAAAGCUUACGUGGAAUGCCUGCUGACGCCCUCACAACAACGCAUCCACCCGUCUAAUCGUUGCAGUUCAACGUGCCGCUGCUCAUCAACGACAACUUGGCAGUGGCGCUUGCAUUGCCAGAGCGAGUAGGUCUCCACAUUGGUCAGGAAGAUUUUCCAGUCGCCAAAGCUCGAGCUCUGCUGGGCCCUAAGCGAUUGCUGGGAAUCUCGGUGCACACAGUCGAGCAGGCCGCAGCUGCGCGAACCAGCGGGGCAAACUACGCGGGUGUAGGUGCAGUGUAUGGAACUCUAUCCAAGGCAAACGUAACAGAGGACAAGGUUCUCGGGCCUAGGAGAGCUGCGCACGUCAUCGAAGCUUUGCAAGGCUUUCCCAGCGUGCUCAUUGGCGGCAUCAAUCAAAGGACCGCUGCCAGAGCGCUGUUUGGUGCUGCUGGACCCGCAUAUGCUCCGGCCGGCAUCGCGGUGAUCAGCGCAAUCGUCGCUCGCCAAGAUGCGCAAGAAGCGGCACGGGAGCUCAAGUGUAUAGUGAAUGCCUUCUUGAGCGCAAGAAGCUCGGCGCAGAAGCCCAUCACGUCGGCUUUCGGUCUUGGUGCAUCGCGCUCACAGCUCAAGGUGGAGAGCUUGGUAUCGCGGUCGGGGGAGUUGCUGCGCGCACUCAGAGAAGGUUCACCGCCUCUCAUCCAGACAUUGACAUCGCACGUCUCGUCCACUUUGAGCGCCAAUGUGACGCUCGCUCUGAGCGCAAGCCCCAUCAUGUCCCAUCAAGAUGCCGAGGCUGACGACUUGGGCAACGUGACGGGUGCUGUGGUGCUCAACAUUGGCACGAUCGGUGAAGAGGCGAGGAGAGGCAUGCGAGCUGUUGGAUCUGCGGCGAAUAGAGGCGGCAAGGUAUGUGGGCGUGGAUAUGGGGUUGAAGAUAAUCCGACAGCUAAGAACGCCCCGCGACCUAUGUGCUGUGCGUUGGUAGCCGGUUGUUCUGGAUCCUGUGGGCGUCGGAGCUUCAGCAUUCCGCAGGCAAGCCGUCAACGGUGAGUACAAGCUGUCCGCAAAGAUGACGCGAAGUGUCCUCAGAGAGUGAAAAAGCAGAGCUGAGAUGCGCCCCCAUUCACGCCUGCAGAAAUCAUGGACCACACCCAAAUCACGCUUCUGAAGGGCAACGCUGCCGAACUAGGUGCCAUUGCCGGUCUGACAGAGGUUCAGUCCCGCGGAGUGGACAGCGGCUCAGGCACGUUGCGCGAUGCACGAGGUCUGGUGCUCAGUCUCGCAAGGCGAGAAAGAUGUCUGGUCUUGUUGACUGGAAAGACGGAUUAUUUGAGCGAUGGAGAGGUGGUCAUUACUUGCUCCAAUGGGCACGCCCUGCUGGGAGCAAUUACUGGCUCAGGGUGCGCUUUGGGAGUUGCGGUCGCUACGGGACUCGCGGCUGCUUGCUUGGCGAGCCAGGGUAGCGAGGUGAAGGGAGCCGGAUCUUCCAUCGUCAAGGCGCAACCUGAUGACCUUUUGGCUGGCGCUCUUUUUGGGUAAGUACGGUGAUGAAGCAACGAUGCCACGAGCGCUAGCUCACCUCAUUGCCCGACUCACUGUCAGCAUUCUGAGCAUGACGAUCGCGUCGGAGUUGGCCGCUGCUCGACCAGAGGUCAGAGGCCCUGGAACAUUCAUCCCAGCCCUUUUGGACGAGUUGAGCCUGAUGACGCCGGAAACCUUUGCCCAAAGGGCCAAGGUGGCACUCGAAUAG